CUAUUCUCCCUUUAUUCCUCUCCUCCAUUUAUCUUUCUUUUUCUAGGGGUUUUCCUUCUUUGUUCUAAUCAAAGAUUUUAAAAAUGUCUAGUGCUUUAGAGAUGUCGCUAGACGAUCUCAUCAAGAGCAACCGUAAGUCCGGAUCCGGAAACUCCCGCGGUCGAGGCCGUGGAUCCGGGCCAGGACCUGCCCGCCGACUUCCUAACCGCAGAGCAAACCGCUCGGCACCUUAUACCACAGCUAAGGCACCAGAGACGCCUUGGCAGCACGAUAUGUAUUCGGAUAAGGGAGCUGCUUUCCAGCGACAAGCAGGUCGGGCCCCCGCUAUUGAAACCGGGACGAAACUCUACAUCUCAAAUUUAGAUUACGGUGUUUCCAACGACGACGUUAAGGAAUUAUUUUCUGAGGUUGGUGACCUGAAACGGUUUACAAUCCAUUACGACAGGAGUGGAAGAUCGAAGGGAACAGCAGAAGUUGUCUUCUCUCGCCGAACAGAUGCUUUGGCUGCAGUCAAAAGAUACAACAAUGUUCAGCUCGAUGGGAAGCCAAUGAAAAUUGAGAUUGUUGGAACAAAUAUUUCUACUCCUGCUGCACCCCCAGCUUCUAAUGACACCUUUGGAAAUGCAAAAGGAGCCCCAAGAGGUGGCCAACGCAGGGGAUCUGGCCGGCAACGUGGUGGUGUUGGAGGCCGUGGUUUUGGCAGAGGCCGUGGACGGGCAAAGGGCCCUGGAGAAAAGGUUUCUGCAGAAGAUCUCGAUGCUGAUCUAGAGAAGUAUCAUUCGGAAGCAAUGCAGACAAAUUGAACCAUUUCUCAUGUUCUAUUGGUCGGUUUUAAGUCUUUUCUACUGUGGACUUUAUGUGCUUGACACCUGACAAUAUUGUGUAUCUCUACCAAAUUCAUACUCUUUAGAGGAACUGAUCGUGAAGAGAACUAUUAGUUUCUUGAUUUAUGGAGUUUGGGCUUUUACUACUAGUAGUUCCAAAGAAUAUGGUUAGUGGAAAGCACUUUGUAGUCUCAAAUCUUUUGGUUUCAUUGAGACUGCCUCGUCCCACAAGUUGGGCACAAAAGGCAACCUAGGAAACUUUGGCUGCGCUGUUGGAGGACUAAUCUUGCUGUUGCCCUGAACUGCAUUGCCUUUUGGUUGUUCCUGCAUUGCAAAACCAGUGAGAUUGCAAGUGAGGUAGAUUUCUUUAUGUUCUUUCUCUAAUGGAUCCUGUUUUAGCUGUUUUUAUCCUUUGUGCUUCAAUUGCUGCAAUUGCUUUUCCUGUUUAGGAGUUUAUGGUGUUAAAUUAUGUCAUGCUAUUAUAUUAUCUGUGAAAGGAAUAUACUUUCCCCA